AUGCGCGCCGGUCCGCUCGCGCUUCUCCUCGCACCUCUAAUACCGGUCGUCCAUGGGAUAUGGCCGUUCAAGCAGAAACGUUUCAUGGCAGAGGCGCUGUACAACGCAGGUACGCUCGGAUUGCCAAAGGACGCAGGGCGUGUUGUUGCGAUCGGCGAUGUAGACGGCGACCAGAACUCUGACUUGUUUAUGCUCUCCCAAGAUCGGAAGACGCUACAUGUCAUGGUGUGGAACCGUGAUGCGUUCAUGUACGAGGAGCGGGAUACGGUCACCUUUGAGCACGAGAUCACGAACGUUACGCCGGCGGACUUUAACGGCGAUGGGCGUAUGGACUUGCUCGUCAUGUGGUCUGCGAACAGUGGCGGUGGGUUUUGGGGGAACAAAGGCAAGAUGUCGACCGACAUGGAGAUUAUCAUGGGCAACGAAGGGGGGUUGUCAAAGGGGGAGAGGUGGAGCCUGCCGCCCGCAGGGCUCGCGCAACCUAUGCUCUUCGAUGACGACCUCGACUUAUCCCCAUCACUGCUGGGAUUCGCGGAGACACAAGACGGGCCCAAGAUCAAGGCAUGGCGCAAUACGGGGCACGCGAUGCGCUUGUUCACUCCGAUGCUGAAGCCCAUUGACCAAGUAUGCCAGCUCACCCACCCCCCUGCGGGCGCGCACUCAUCUGCGUUUAUAGAUAUGGACGGCGAUUGUGCGCCGGACGUCGUUUUGCAUUGCGGCGGCGCCAAAGCCAACAACCGUAAAUUGCAAGUGUGGCUCAACCGAGGCAAGGAGGGGUAUAUCCUCAGCAACACGUGGAACUUGCCACUCGGGUCGCGAUCAAUCUCGUAUGCUGAUAUGAACCGUAAUGGCGCCAUGGACCUCGUGUUCCCAACAUGUAAAAGGGUCCUGCCCAGCACAGGACUUGGCGAGGCCUGUAAGAUCCACGUCGCGUACAACAACCAGGCGGGACUCUGCAAUACCAAGACGUCGCAGUACUCACCAAGUGGCCGGAUUAUUUGCAGGGGUUACGACGAGCUCUGCAGCGCGGACCCAUACUUUGACUUCCAGUUCUGGGAGAACAGCCCCGAAUUCCCAACGGUCGCGAUCGACAAGCUUUUCCCCGGCUUCAAGCUUAUGAUCAAUGUCCCAGGACAUACCGACGUCCCCCUCCCAAUCCGCCCGGGCGACUUUGACGUCGAUGGCUUCCCGGAUCUCCUGAUCACGAUCAGCGACGGCAAAAAGUCGCUUGUCAAGGUCCUCCACAACGUGCCGUGCGGCAAGGACGUGCCGGGUUGCGGCAACUUUAGUGCCAAGUACAGCCGGGGAUUCCAAGUGCUCGGCGGCAAGGGUUGGGAGGCGCUCGAGGCGAUCGAGGACGCCAUCGGCGCGAGCUGGAUCGACCUCGACGACGACGGAUCUCUCGACAUCAUGGUGCACCGUACAGGCAAGCAGGACGGAGAGACUGUAACGUUCAUCCAGAACAACUUUUACCACGACGCGUUCUUCCUCAAGGGCCAAGUGCUUAAUGGCGCGUGUGAUCGGAGGCGAUGCUUCCCAGUUGACGGCGGCAAGCCGUACUCGGCACUGGGUUGCAGCAUAAGUGGAGCGACUUUCAAGUUCACGUCCUUUGACACACGGGGGAAUCGGCAUGCUCAGAACGUCGCGCAGCUUCCCCAGACGUGUUACCACUCGUUGCUCUCGCCGCACACUUUCAUGGGCCUGGGCCGAACAAACAACUACAUCGAGAAUCUGAAGGUUGGCACGUCACUCAAGUCUGACGAGAACCGGGUAACGUCACUCGAUGGUGUGAUACCCAACUCGCAGGUAAUCCUGAACCCACCAUGGUCGCGAGCGCUCCGCACGAACGAGACGGUGCUGUACCGCUCCAAAGAGUGGCGCACCGAGCUCUUCUUGCACCCAGGCGACUGGAUCCCAUGGGUCGCUGCCGCUGUUGUGGGGACAGUGGUGACGCUGGGGAUGGUGGUCGUGUGGCUCGGAGAGCGCGAGAAGCGUGAGGACGAGAAGGAGCGCCGGCGAGCGCUGCACGCGAUCAACUUCCAGGCGUUGUAG